UACUUCUUCCUUUCCUGAAAAAUCGACAAGGCUUUGACGCGUGCUGUCGCUUGCCUUGUUCUACCAGAUUGCAAAUCUGGAUUUAAAGUCUGUAGUGUGUGAUUUCACAAACGAAAGACGUUUUCAAAAUAACAGCAGUAAGACUCGUCUAUUAUGUCCCGUUUUUUUGCCACCGGAUCCGACAGUGAGUCGGAAGAAUCAUCGUCCGCCGAUGAGAUCACCCCAAAAGCAAGCGGGACCACUUUUAAUAAGCAGGUCCUGUUGCUAAGUGAUGAUGAGGAGGACACUAAGAGAAUAGUACGGAGUGCUAAGGACAAGCGGUUUGAGGAGCUCACCAACUUAAUCAAGACCAUUCGCAAUGCCAUGAAGAUCCGAGACAUGUCCAAAUGCCUGGAGGAGUUCGAACAGUUGUGUCGAGCGUUCAAUAAAAGUAAAACAAUCGUGGACAAGGAGGGGGUGCCGCAGUUUUAUGUCCGCCUGCUCGCUGAUUUAGAGGACUACCUCAACCAGCUAUGGGAGGACAAGGAAGGGAAAAAGAAGAUGAACAAAAACAACGCUAAAGCCUUGAGCACGCUGCGUCAAAAGAUUCGCAAAUACAACAAAGAGUUUGAAACGGAGAUUGCUAGCUAUAAAGAGAACCCAGAGCAGUCAGCUGAUGAAGAGGAGGAGAAGGAUGAAAUUGAGAGUGGCUCAUCCUCUGAAAGUGAUGACGAGGGUGAAGAUGACGGUGCAACAGCCAAGAGCUUUAUGAAAAAGAAGCCUCAGGAGGAGGAGAAGAAAGCCCCAGAGGCCAGCAAGUUCCUCAAGGGCGCAGCUGAUGAAGAGUCUGAGAGUGAUGAUGACGACGACGAUGAUGAUGAUGAGCAUUGGGGUUCGGACUCUGUGGACAGCGGUAGUGACAGUGAUGACAACGAAGGAACUGCAGCAUCAUUGGCCGUAGCCUUCCUUAAAAAAACACAAGAUGGCGAUAAACCAUCUGAUCGCAAGAAGGAUCCAAAGAAGAAAAGAGUCCAGAAGAUUGAUCGACUGGUGGAAGGGGGUGAGGAAGAGGGAGGAGAGGGAGAGGAGGGAGGGUGGGAGAAGGUGAAGGGAGGUGUACCACUGGUGAAGGAGAAGCCCAAAAUGUUCGCUAAAGGCACAGAGAUCAACACUGCUGUGGUGAUAAAGAAACUCAGUGAGAUCCUGCAGGCACGAGGCAAGAAGGGAACAGACAGAGCUGCUCAGAUUGAGCUCCUUCAUGCUCUCGCAGGCAUCGCUAAUGAGAAUAACCUCGGUGAGGGCAUUCUUGUCAAAAUCAAGUUCAACAUCAUUGCCUCCCUUUAUGACUAUAACCCCAACCUGGCUGCGUUCAUGAAGGCUGACAUGUGGAAAAAGUGUUUGGAAUGCAUUGAUGAGCUGCUGGACAUCCUGUUUAACAACACCAAUAUCUUUAUUGGAGAGAACAUUGCUGAGGACAGCGAGAAUCUGGCAGUCUCUGACCAGGUCAGCAUUACACAUUCUGAACCAUUCCGUGUCCGUGGCUGUAUUUUGACUCUGGUGGAAAGAAUGGAUGAAGAAUUCACCAAAAUCAUGCAGAACACCGACCCUCAUUCACAAGAGUAUGUUGAUAAUCUAAAGGAUGAGGGUCAUGUUUGUGGCAUCAUUGACCGACUUCUACAGUAUCUGGAGACUAAAGGCAGCACAGAGGAAGUGUGUCGCGUCUAUCUGCGCAGGAUCAUGCACACCUACUAUAAGUUUGACUACAAGGCACACCGACGCAGCCUGGGUCUACAGGGAGAGACUAAAUCGGAACAGGAUCAGGAGGAAAGCGAGGGAGAGGAUAGUGCUAUUAUUAUGGACCGUUUGUGUAAGUUUAUUUACGCUAAGGACCGCACAGACCGCAUCCGCACAUGCGCUAUCCUAUGCCAUAUCUACCAUCAUGCCCUGCACAGUCGCUGGUACCAGGCCAGGGACCUAAUGCUUAUGAGUCACCUACAAGACAACAUCCAGCACGCCGACCCUCCUGUCCAGAUUUUGUACAACAGGACCAUGGUGCAGCUAGGUAUCUGUGCUUUCCGUCAGGGCAUGAUAAAAGAUGCACACAACGCGCUCUUGGACAUCCAGUCAAGUGGCAGAGCCAAAGAGCUGCUGGGACAGGGGCUUCUCAUGAGGAAUAUGCAGGAGAGAAAUGCUGAACAGGAAAAGAUCGAGAAGAGGCGACAGGUGCCAUUCCACAUGCACAUUAACCUGGAGCUUCUGGAGUGUGUGUACCUGGUGUCAGCCAUGCUGCUGGAGAUCCCUUACAUGGCAGCCCAUGAGUUCGAUGCCCGCCGUAGGAUGAUAAGCAAACAGUUCCACCACCAGCUCAGGGUGGGCGAGAGACAGCCACUGCUGGGUCCUCCUGAGAGCAUGAGGGAACAUGUCGUAGCUGCCAGCAAGGCUAUGAAGAUGGGAGAUUGGAGAACCUGCCAUUCCUUUAUAAUCAAUGAGAAGAUGAACAGCAAGGUGUGGGAUCUGUUCCCAGAAACACAACGUGUCCGGGAAAUGCUCGUAAGGAAGAUCCAGGAGGAGUCGUUGCGCACUUACCUGUUCACCUACAGCAGCGUGUAUGACUCAAUCAGUAUGGGAACUCUGUCAGAGAUGUUCGAGUUGGAGUUACCCACAGUGCACAGCAUCAUCAGCAAGAUGAUCAUUAAUGAAGAGCUCAUGGCUUCUCUGGACCAACCGACUCAGACGGUGGUAAUGCACAGGACCGAGCCCACCUCUCUGCAAAACAUGGCCCUGCAGCUGGCUGAGAAACUUGGUGGCCUGGUAGAAAACAACGAACGUGUCUUUGACCUUAAACAAGGCAUCUAUGGAGGCUACUUUAAUAGAGAUCAAAAAGGAGGUUACCAACAGAAGCAAGGCUAUCAAAGAGUUCCAGAACUGAGGGGAGGUUACCACCAGAAGCAAGGUUACCAUCGAGAUCAGAAAGGAGGCAGUUACCAGCAGAAGCAGAACUAUCAGCGUGGAGGUUACAGGGGUCAGAACCAAGGCUCAUACUGAUUCCUCUGUUUGGCUUUGCACCAAUGUACAACUUUGGAUCCGUUUCAAUACAUCAGACCGCUUAGCUUAGCUUGUCUGCCUGCUUACUGUUUUGCAGUGCUUUACCAAAUCAUAAACUAGGUUUUUAAUCUAAUAACAAAACUGGCAUCCUAUUAAAUAAUUUUUCUAUAUUAAGAGCUUCUGUUUACACUGCAAGUUUGAGGUAUCUGGCAUAUCAGGCUAGGAAGAAAUGUUAAUUGUGUUACAACCUGAAUGAAUUUAAUAAAGGGUAUACAGACAAAACAUGA